AUGUCUAAUAUAUUAGAAAAUAAUAAUAAUAAUAAUAAUGUUGAAGGAACAACAAAUAUAAAUGAAGAACAUCCAACUACACCACCUUCUCUGUUUGAGCUGAGUUAUAAUUGGAAGAUGUUAGGAUUGUUUAUGUUGUCGUUGAUGGUGCUGCUGUCAGCGUUGAAUUCGACGACCAGGAAGAAACUGGUGGCAAUUCUGAGAGGACUUGGAAUAGGUGUAAGAAGAGUACCACGUGUCAUCAAAGAACUAAAGAGAAAGGGUUUCCAUUUUAGUGGUUUGAUCAUACCGAUCAUCUAUCUAUUCGGUUUGAACUACACAACUUUUAUAACACAGAAAUUCGCCUUUAACUUGAUGGGUUCAAUAACUUUAGGUUAUUUCAUUUGGGAAUGUCUUAGAUUGAAUAUUCCAGCAGUGAAAGAGUUCUGUCUGAAAGCAUACGGCGGUAUGAUGAGAGAGAAAGAACGUGAUUCAUUCAAUGGUGUACUCUUUUAUCUUUUAGGUUCAACUUUGUGUAUAUAUUUCUUUAGACCAUUGAUUGCAAUUGCAAGUAUAUUGUUUUUGAUUAUUGGUGAUUUCUGUGCGGCUUUAAUUGGUAUUUCAUAUGGAAAGACAAGAAUAUUUGGAAAGAAAUCGUUGGAAGGCACAUUGGCAAUGUUCUUUGUUUGUCUAUUGAUUAGUUUAGCAUUGUUUUGGCAAUCAAAUCUGUGCGAACAAUUGGCAUUCUGGGGAGCUUUAUCUGCAGCUCUGGUCGAAUUACUCAACCCAUCGUUUAUCGAUGAUAAUCUGACAAUCCCAAUAGUCAGUGGUUUAAUGAUAGAAUUAAUCUCAAUUAGACUUCAUGCUCAGAUUCCAGAUCAUACCUUAUCAUAA